CUCUCUCUCUCUCUCUCUCGGGGACAGAGCGAGCGGUCGCCGUCGUCGAUCGCCGGCGGUUGUCCGGCGGAGUCGGUCGAUGGAGUGGUGGCAGAAGGCGGUGGUGGUGCCGGUGAAGCGCGCGUGGAUCGUCGUCGCCGCCCGGAUGCGUCGCAAGAAAGAUGACGGCCGCGGCGCCCUUGUGAAGCUACACGACGACAUCCAGACGUGCGCGUACGAGGACGUGCAGGUGAUGUGGGAGAUGCUGCAGCGCUCAGAGACGGAGAGGCUGGCGCGCGAGCCGUCGCCCAAGGGCGCCCGUGCGCUCGUCUGGCUGCGCCGCCACCACAAGAUGGAUCCGCGCCGGCGUUGCUGAGAGUCUGCCCUGCGACGAGAGAGAAGAGAGAGUCAUUCUGCUGUAUAUACAGCCCUGAUGUGGCUUCCUUUGCUUUGGUUGAUGUAAAUAUUUACAGUUUCAUCUUUCAAGAAAG